AUGAAGAGUUUUUUGGUAGCGUUUCUUAUUGUGCUCGUCUUCUUCUGUGUUGAGAUGAAAAUAGGAAAUGGAUUCAAAAUACAUGAAGUACCAGAACCCACAGGAAAAUGGUGCGGAUAUUCGGUGCCGAUGAAACCAUGCAUAAACGAUGAUCGCGUUAAACGAUGUAUUGCGGAAAAUACGCAUGGCUGGUUGAUGGCUACUGGCAUGUGCACAUCUAUCCCAAGCUUAAAGGAUUGUUACUGUAUGCAUCAGUGUCCCUAA